AGUCAAGGCAUACACACAGGCAGAGCAGUAGCAUGGCUCAGUCAUGGCGUCGUUAUCUGUAGUUUCCGCUCGCGACGCCGCGAAUAUCAGCCGCUCAUUAGUGCACCGCGACUAUCUAAGAAGUGUAUCAUCGUCGUGUCGUCUUCGCCGCCGCCGUGGCUUGUGUGUUAUCGUUAGUAUAAAGCGUCCAAGUCGGAGCAAAGGAAAAGUUUGCCCCUGCGACACACAGGACGACAAUCUACUCGACGAUUUAUGAAUCGAAACUUCUGAGGCCAAGUAAUCAAGUAGCAAUUGUCCAAAUCGAAAAAUUGUGUGUCAGAAACUGUUACAACAGCGGAGCACCAAUAAUUUGACUGAAAGAAGCGCAUUCAUAAAUAAAUUCACAAUCAAACAAGAUGAUGCAAGUGUUGCGAAGGGUAGUAGCGGUACGGCCGAACGGCGCAAGCAGCAGCAGAAACAACAACAAGUGGCUCUUUGGCGAGGGGUCGAAAUUUGCCGGACGCUCGGCGGUGAGCUGUCACUGCUACGCCAGUAGCAGCAGCAGCAGCAGAAGCGGCGGUGCUCAGGCCGCGGGUCGCGUCAGGCCGGAACUCACCGCGCUGCGCUACAAAGUCGAGCGCGGACCCUACGCCGAGCUCGGCCAGCGGGACGAGUCGUUUUUCCGCUCGCUCCUGGGCGAGGAUCGCGUCAUCACCGAGCCCGACGAGUGCGACAGUUACAACAUCGACUGGCUCAGAUCCGUCCGAGGUUCCAGUCGAAUCGUACUGAAGCCCAAAAACACGGACGAAGUUUCGGCCAUCAUGAGCUACUGCAACGAAAAACGACUGGCUGUCUGUCCGCAGAGCGGCAACACGGGCUUGGUCGGUGGCAGCGUGCCCGUCUUCGACGAGGUCGUGCUCUCGAUGAAGCUCAUGAAUCGUAUCAUCGAUACCGAUCCGCUUGCCGGUGUGCUGGUGUGCGAGUCCGGCUGCGUGCUGCAGACCCUCGACGAGCACCUCAACAAGCACGGCAUGCUGAUGCCGCUGGACCUGGGCGCCAAGGGCAGCUGCCUCAUCGGCGGCAACGUGUCGACCAACGCGGGCGGCCUCAGGCUCCUGCGCUACGGCAAUCUCCAUGGAAACAUCCUCGGAUUGGAGGCCGUGCUGGCCAGCGGCAAAGUGAUCGACUGUUUGAACACAUUGAAAAAAGACAAUACCGGCUAUCAUCUGAAGCACUUGUUCGUCGGCUCGGAGGGCACGCUCGGCGUCGUGACCAAAGUGGCAAUUCAGUGUCCCAGCCUGCCCAAGGCCGUGAACGUCGCCUUUUUGGGAAUGAACAGCUGGGACAGCGUGAUGAAGACCUACAGACUGGCCAAGAGCGAGCUCAGCGAGAUACUGUCGGCCUGCGAGAUCAUCGAUCGGAAAUCGGUGGAGAACGCCCGCGACACCCUGGGCCUGAGGAGUCCGCUGGCGAGCGAGCACGAGUUCUACGUGCUGAUCGAGACGUCGGGCAGCGAGGCCAGACACGACGACGAGAAGGUCUCGGCCUUCCUCGAGAAGGCCAUGUCCGAGGGCGUGGUGGACGACGGCACCGUUACCUCGGAGCCCAGCAAAGUCAGGAACAUCUGGGAGCUGAGAGAGAGGAUGUCCGAGUCCCAGACUGCCGAGGGUUAUCUCUUCAAGUACGACAUCUCGCUGCCGCUCGAGGAGUACUACAGCAUCGUGCCGGCGGUCACGGAACGCCUCAAGGACUGCAACGUUCGAUUCGUUACCGGUUUCGGCCACGUGGGCGACGGCAAUCUCCACCUGCAGAUCAACACGCCGGACUUCGACCAGGAGGUGCACGACAUGCUCGAGCCCUGGGUCUUCGAUUACACGUCGAAGCGUCGUGGCAGCAUCAGCGCCGAGCACGGCAUCGGCUUCAAGAAGGCCAAGUAUCUGCACUACAGCAAGGACGGCUCGGCGAUCGAGCUCAUGCGCACGAUCAAGGCGACCAUGGAUCCUAAUGGCAUACUCAAUCCUUACAAGGUCGUCUGUUGAGGUGCAGCCUUCCAAGUGUCUGUGUGCGUGUGUUACGAUAUCGUUGAAGUAGUGCGCCCACUAUACGCACACACAAAGGCUGUUGAUUUUUUUUUUUUU